CCGAUAUGCAGCUUGAGCCGAUCAGCCGCAGGAUAUUGAGCAAAUAGUCCCCAAUCGAGUAAUGCAAUUGUGAUGGACUGAGAUGUCCCCAUUGUUAUAUAAGUAUAUUCAAUUCCCCAAAGCACUGAAGGGUUCACUUUCUAUCUAUUCCUAUAAAUAAGCAGUUGCCAUUCCAGUAAGCGAACUCUCUUUUCUCCCCAUCUUCUCUGACCCCCUGGUACAAACUUUUCAAAAACACGCAAAAAUGGAUAUGUCUAAUAUGUCUGGUAUGGAUAUGGGCAGCCCUGUCAGUUCCGUUGCCUCUAUCACCUCUGCUGUCAGCUCUGUUGUUUCUGCUGCCGUUACCUCUGCCACCACCACCACCUCGAUGUCUAUGGACCACAGCACCAUGAGCAUGGGUGGCAUGGACCACAGCACGAUGGAUAUGAGCAGUAUGCACAUGGGCGGAAUGAACAUGAAGUUCUCUACUAAUUGGAACAAUUACGAGGUGUUAUUCACAAACUUAAAGGCCACCUCCGGUGGUGCGGCAUUUGGUAUCUUUGUCUUCUUGUUUGCCGUUGCCUUCACCUUGAGGGGAAUCAUUUUUUUCUCCUCUUACUUGGAGCAAAACAUCUGGAGGUCCUCUAGUGCCGUUGUCGUUGCCGAAACCCAGACUGUUCCUUCAGUCGACUGUGGUUGUGACGAUGAUGAGGAAAAGAUCUCUAGUUCGCCUCCACCGACUAUUCAGAAGCCAUCUUUGCUUCGCCAAUUUUUCUUCACCACCUUUACUGAAUUCAAGCGCGAUGUGAUCAGGUUGGUGAUUGCCUUUGUUGCCAUCAUGCUCAGUUAUGCGUUGAUGUUGGCCGUCAUGACCUACGUUGUGUUGUACUUCUUUGCUGUGGUGCUUGGCUUGGCUUUUGGUGAGCUCUGGUGGGGCCGUAUCGGUAGAAUCAUGAACGUCAGUCCAGCAAACGGUGUCUGUGUGGCGCAUUAAGAUCCGA